AUGGGGUAUGAUGCUCAAGAUAAAUACGGACGACUGUCUGAACCACACAGACUUGCAGGAAGUACACCAGGAGAUUCAAUUGAUAGACACGACCGAGUUAAUAAUAUGAAGCAAAAUGCAACCACCACGAAGAAACGUAUAAGAGGCCAUAGAGGACUACCAAUUAUAAACACAUUGGAUUCAAAGAGACGUAAGAAGGAGAAAGUUGAAUCACCAUUUUCACUGAGUCCACCAACUUCAAGAAGUGUAGAACAUAAAGAUGAAUACAAGAGGAUUCCACCCAGUAUAUUAAAUAAUUUCAAUACCAAAAAGUAUUCUUAUGAAGACGAGGAAAAGUCUAGUGCUAACGAAGCGAGCGAUAGUGACAUCGAUGGUAACUUAAUUGAAGUGGGCAAAUUUUCAAGUAGCCCUUUCAAGAGCCACGAGAAGGAUGUUGAAGAGCUUGAUCGGAUUCUUCUGCAAGAAACAACCAGCAACUCUAAUGACCACAAAUUACGACUUAGCGAACAAACAACACCAGAUCUAGCAGCAAUUGUAGCCAAGGGAGACUUUAUGGCUACCCUUGAAGGUAGAAAGAAGUACGAAAAGAAACUUAUGGAGGAAAAAUAUAAGGAUGCCAAAUACCCGAAAUCAAUAAUAUCCAAACAAAGAUUGGUUAAUAGGAUAGAAAAGUAUUUGAAGGUAGUGCCACAGAUUCUUAAGGGGAAAUUGGACACAUGCUACAUCUAUCCCAUGGCGAAAAGGCAAUAUGAACAAUCAACCCAUGAAACUAUGACACAACAAGAAAAAUGGGACAUUGAUUGGCAAAAGUAUUUUGGAGGAUACUUUGGAUUCCAACGACAAUCAUUUAUUGCAUCUCGUAUUACAACCAGGUAUUACAACGAGCUUAAUAUGGCAAGCAAAAAGAAUUCCUUACUUAAUUAUUGGACAAUUAGUGGGUUUGCAACAUUUGUAUUAGCAAAUGAGGUGAUUAUACGACUUAUUAUGGAGGAUUAUCAAUGUGAAUUUGACAAGGCAGAGAAGAUAAUGAAGGAAAGUACUGAAUAUGGGGUUGCGGUAAGCGAUGAGAUUGAUAUGAUCGAUGAUUUAGUUGAAGCUGGAUCAAUAAUAGACACCAGAGAAGAAGAUAAAGAGAAAAAGGACAAUUUAGUUAGUGAACUGGAGAAACCAUCCACUACAGAACAUCAUGAUGUAUUGGAUUUAAUUAUGAAUGUUAGUGAUAAAGAUUCAUCUGAUGACGAAUAG